AUGUGCUUCUUAAUUAUUUUAAAGAAAGUAAGUACACCCUAUGAUGAAAAUUAUACAAAAAAUAAUAAACUUUUCAAAGAGAAGGAUUAACAAAGGAUCAAAGAUGCUUUGAAUAUUAUUAAAGAACGCAAAUUGGAAAAAGAAGAGCAGAACAAAAAAGGCAUUACUUUAGUUUCUAAUGUUAAAGUCAUCGAGGACAAAAGAUAGUUAUUUUUGAUUUCGCAAUCCUAUAACACAAUGGAAAAUGAAAUUAAAAAAAUGAAAGAAGGUUAAAAGGAGAAACAGGAAGUCUUCUUUUAGAGCAUGAAAAUGCUGUAACAGGAUGCAGAUAAUUUUUAGUAGUUUCUAGAUACAAACAAAGCAGCAAGAGCAGAGGCAGAAUUAAAAUUAGAAAAUGAAAUCAAAGAUAAAAAAGCAAAGGAGGCUAUCAUCAAACAGCUUAAUAUCAAGAUGACCAGCAUUAGAGGCGAAAAAUAAAGGAUGGAAGAAUUGAUAACUGCCUACAUUGAUCAUAAAUAGUUCCUAGAUAAAUUGGCACCAAAAGAAUGGCAUGAUAAUAAAGCAAAACUCAAGAGCUUGCUCCUCGAUAAACUCAAAGAAAUUAGUAUUCUUGAGGGCAAACUCUAGAAAUCCAAUUAGGCUGAUCAAACAAUAUAAUAUUAGGAAGAAUUAGAAGAUUUUGAAGACGAAUUUGAAAUGUAUUUUAAACAUCCAUAAUAAUUAAUUUCGAUAUUCAAUGACUUGGAGGAGAGAAAUUUAUUCUUAAUUUAAACUGCUUAAGAAACAGAAUAAAAUCUUGAAGAAGUUAAAUCUAAAUUUCAAAAGUUGAAAUAAGAAAAAAGUAUUAAAAUUCAACAAUUACAUGAACAAAAAGAGAUCUUAAAAAGGAAAUUGGAUAUAAUGACACAAGAAUUGAAAGAUAUGUAAUUAGGAGGUAUAAUUAAAGCAUCUGGAAAAGAACAGAAAGACUUAGGAUAAUAAAUAAUAGAAGUUUAUUAAUAAUUUCAAAUAGAUAUGAUACAAGUUUAAGAUAUUUAAACUAGACCUACUUUAUUUAUAUUAGGCUUAAUAGAAUAGUUAAUUGAAAAACUUUUAAAAUAAGUCAAGACUUUCAAACCUGAAAGAGUAUAUCAUUAUAAACAAGAAAUUGAUAAUAAAGGCAAGGCAGAUAAAAGAAAAGAAAAUGCUGAUAGGUAGCGUGAAGAAGAAGCUGCACGAAACAGAAUCAAUUAGUUGAAAUUAAUGUAGCCAAGCAAAAAAAAAAGUGGAAGACUUAACAUGUUCAGAUCAAGACCUAUAGAAAAGUAAGUUGAGAUAGCCCAAGAGAAUCAUGAGGAUGUAGAUACUGAAGAUUUCAAAUAUUUUGAAUGA